AUGCCGUCAGUCGGUGGUAAAAGACGAUUGAAUGAAGGUGUGAGUGAUGAACAGAAAAAUGAUCAACGUGUAUGCAAUCAUGAGAAUUAUAAUUAUUAUGCAAAGUGUGGACAGAUUACAUCAACCCGCUAUAAUUACUACAGUGAAUCAGUCAUCAAAACUCAUGGUAAUUAUACACGGAACUCUAUUGAAGCAUCAGCGGGAUUAUCCUGCCUUAAUGAAGAUGAACAGAUUACCCGUACAGGUGAUAAUGAUGAAAGUGGCGCAGAUGAAUUUGCCCGAAUGGACGAAAAUCAAGUAUUUGAAGAAGAUUUCCACUACAAGACGUGUGCUUAUUUCAGUUGCCUUCAACAACACAUAGUUCCAAUUGAUCUGGCCAAUGAGAACAACAGGCUUGUUGAUGAUCACAUUACAAUGGUGUUGGAUACGUUUUGUAUUUACCAAGAAAGGAAUGAUGAUUCGGAGAAGAGUCAAAAUGACUCUGCCUACCAAACUUCAGACAGUAAUCAUAUGAAUAGUAAUGAUGUCAGUGAUGUGAAGGGACGCUGGGAUGAAGAUGAUUCUACACGAGAUUCUCAAGAUACUUUUGAGACUACAUUAGAAUUCUCCUCAUUCAAUCGCACGAAAUGGAGUCUACUCGUCAACUGUCAUUGUAAACAUAGUAUUGAUGAUCCUGAAAAGUUGAGCAGUUUUACUGAAGUAACAAGCGAUGUUAAUUUCUCUAAAUGGAGUGACGGUGAAUCAUCGAAUGUUAUCAGCUGUAAUGAGAGUGAUGGAAUGCUACACCUUCAACAACACAUAGUUCCAAUUGAUCUGGCCAAUGAGAACAACAGGCUUGUUGAUGAUCACAUUACAAUGGUGUUGGAUACGUUUUGUAUUUACCAAGAAAGGAAUGAUGAUUCGGAGAAGAGUCAAAAUGACUCUGCCUACCAAACUUCAGACAGUAAUCAUAUGAAUAGUAAUGAUGUCAGUGAUGUGAAGGGACGCUGGGAUGAAGAUGAUUCUACACGAGAUUCUCAAGAUACUUUUGAGACUACAUUAGAAUUCUCCUCAUUCAAUCGCACGAAAUGGAGUCUACUCGUCAACUGUCAUUGUAAACAUAGUAUUGAUGAUCCUGAAAAGUUGAGCAGUUUUACUGAAGUAACAAGCGAUGUUAAUUUCUCUAAAUGGAGUGACGGUGAAUCAUCGAAUGUUAUCAGCUGUAAUGAGAGUGAUGGAAUGCUACACCUUCAACAACACAUAGUUCCAAUUGAUCUGGCCAAUGAGAACAACAGGCUUGUUGAUGAUCACAUUACAAUGGUGUUGGAUACGUUUUGUAUUUACCAAGAAAGGAAUGAUGAUUCGGAGAAGAGUCAAAAUGACUCUGCCUACCAAACUUCAGACAGUAAUCAUAUGAAUAGUAAUGAUGUCAGUGAUGUGAAGGGACGCUGGGAUGAAGAUGAUUCUACACGAGAUUCUCAAGAUACUUUUGAGACUACAUUAGAAUUCUCCUCAUUCAAUCGCACGAAAUGGAGUCUACUCGUCAACUGUCAUUGUAAACAUAGUAUUGAUGAUCCUGAAAAGUUGAGCAGUUUUACUGAAGUAACAAGCGAUGUUAAUUUCUCUAAAUGGAGUGACGGUGAAUCAUCGAAUGUUAUCAGCUGUAAUGAGAGUGAUGGAAUGCUACACCUUCAACAACACAUAGUUCCAAUUGAUCUGGCCAAUGAGAACAACAGGCUUGUUGAUGAUCACAUUACAAUGGUGUUGGAUACGUUUUGUAUUUACCAAGAAAGGAAUGAUGAUUCGGAGAAGAGUCAAAAUGACUCUGCCUACCAAACUUCAGACAGUAAUCAUAUGAAUAGUAAUGAUGUCAGUGAUGUGAAGGGACGCUGGGAUGAAGAUGAUUCUACACGAGAUUCUCAAGAUACUUUUGAGACUACAUUAGAAUUCUCCUCAUUCAAUCGCACGAAAUGGAGUCUACUCGUCAACUGUCAUUGUAAACAUAGUAUUGAUGAUCCUGAAAAGUUGAGCAGUUUUACUGAAGUAACAAGCGAUGUUAAUUUCUCUAAAUGGAGUGACGGUGAAUCAUCGAAUGUUAUCAGCUGUAAUGAGAGUGAUGGAAUGCUACAGUCGGAUUCAAUAGGAAACUUCACGUCGAUUAAAUCAGAUGAAAUUCAACCAGAAGAUUUCAUGAAACGUGUGGAGCUCAAGGAAAGAUAUGAAGAGUUGAUUGAAUGCAUAGACUGUCAUCAGCCGGCUAUACAUCAGAUAGACGGGGAGUUGAAUACAAUCAGUCAGAAUUUAGCCUUGAUUGCUAGCAAAUUGAAUGAUCCUGACUGUGAUGCUCAUCUAACUGGCACGAGUUUAUCAACUACUGGUGCACUCUUUAAACAGAUACUUGGAUUAGAAGAGAUCGAGUUAGAAAUUAGACAAACUGACGAAAAUCUGUGUGAAAUAAAGUUUAAUCCGCUGUUCACUACAGACUCCUGUCAGACAGAAGGAAUUCAGAAGAGACUGGAGUCCACUGAAGGUGAACUAAUCGAUAUGCAAUUUGCUAUAGAUAACAAGCUAAAGCAUUUGAAGCAAUUCCAUCAGAGAUUAGAUGAAUUCACAGAAUCUAUUAAAACCCAAUUGGUAUGGAUAAGAGAACAAGAAAGUGAAUUGGAACAAUAUACCAUAAGGCAUAAUAAUAACGAAUCCGAAGCUUUGGAGAAAGAACUCAAUGACUUUUAUAUGCUUAUUAUAAAACUUAAUCAUUAUCAAAGAGAUAGUCUACAGCCAAUGCUGAAUACCUAUGACAAACUGACGCGUAACAACUUCAUUUGGAUUGAAAUUGAUAAUAUGACUGAGGCAACAUCACUUGAUAAUAAAUAUACAGUGGUCUUGCAUAGGAACGAGAAUGAAGAACCACUAACAGUGAAUGUUUCAGACAUUCUUUCUUUAUCGACGUUUUCUCGACGAGCUGUAGUGGAUUUUGGUUCAACUACUGGGAAACCAUUAACUCGUUUCUUGUUGCUAGAGAACCUUAUUGAUGAGGCACAGUCGGUUGUAGUUCAACGUGGACCUCCAGAGAAUGAAUUCCUUAUUGACUGGAUAGCAUCAGAAACAGAUAAUAACGAAUUUCGAUCAUGCUAUCCUGCAGUCUCUAAACGAAUUCACCUUUCACCUUUGCACGGCCGAGCUCUAUUGAAAAUUACAUGGGCACCUGCUCGUAAUUCAACGUCAGAGGGUGUAUCUACUUUCCAUCAUGUUAUUCAAUUCCGUGUUAAUAAGACUGUUGGUAUUUUAAUAGUAACUAACCUGUGCUUGUUUAAGCCAUACUUUUGGACGACUGGAUUUCUCGACACGUGGUAA